AAGACUGUCCUCAAUUCAGUGUGAGCUUGGUAAAUUAACAACAGUAGUUAUACCAGUACAUUUUCACAUAUUUCCUGUCGGGUAAUGUAUAUUGCAAUUUGAAAAUAACACCUUCAACGUAUAUGAAACUAUUCAUGUUAUACCCCGACGGCUUUGAAUUUAGUUGUUCACAAGACAACAUAUCACCAGAGAAAAUAGGAAGAUAAACCGAACAACUUAUCUGAUUUCAUCUCUCCGAAUCUUUGCAAGAAAUUUCAACUUUAGACACCGCUCUGGUGAGUUCGUUCAAAGGAAUCAGAAGAAAGGAAAAAUAAUACUACCAACAAGGAAAUAUUAACUAGAGUAAAAUGGAGAGCUACAGGGAACACGAUGUUGUCCCUCACGUAUUGGAUGCGCCACCACCCGCCAUCUUGAAAGUGGAAUGGGACAAGGAUGUCAAAUGCAUGCUGGGUAAUGAACUAACUCCCACACAGGUGCAAAAGCAACCGUCUGUCCUCGAGUGGGAAGCGGAGGAUGGCGCCCUCUAUACGAUCCUCUUCACCGAUCCCGAUUCGCCUUCUCGAACCGAUCCGGACCGCGUUGAGGUUGUCCACUGGUUGGUGUUCAAUAUACCCGGUUGUGACGUCAGCAAAGGUCUCGUCCACGCGGAAUACAUUGAAUCGGGUCCGAGAGAGGAGACGGGCUUCCACAGGUAUGUUUACCUAGUGUACAAGCAGUCUUCGGAAAUCACCCCACACGAUGCGUACCGCCGACGAAGCCCAGAGAGGCGCAAGCCAUGGGACACCCGAAGUUUCGCCAUGGAAUACGGACUGGGGACGCCCAUCGCUGGAAACUUCUACAUCGCGCAAUAUGACGAUUACGUGCCGAGGUUCCGCGCAGAGUUGUUAGCCGCUGCGGCAAACCAGUAGAUUUUCACACCCCUCUCCGUCGUAUUUUUCCCCUCGAAUAUCAAGGAAUUUUUGUGAUUUUCAAUUGAUAUUAAAGUGAAUUUUCAGUUUGAAGCGACCCAAAUUAGGAACUGAAUUUAAAACGGUACCUCGUGCCUCCCCUUUUGGAAGUGUUGUUUCGGGAAUGCCUCCAUUUUUGGCAGUCGUUUUUGCUUUUCAUUCUUUUUCUUGGAUUGAUAAGAUCAAUUUUGUUUGUCAUACUCAUUAUUAUUUUCAAAAUAAUAUGGAUCAAUCUCACCCACAUUUAUGAUAUCCUACAUCUUCCCUUUCUGUUUCGUCAUCAAAUUUAAUCUUGAUAUAAGUGAAUCGCUUCAAUCUCAAAUCUAAAAGUGUAAACACAAUCGCAUAAUCGAUGGGCUGCACCACAUGCCGGGGGCGAAAUUAUUUUUUCCAAUUAGCAUGCGCAUGGACUACAAAAUUUUACAAAAUUUUGGUCGUUCGCGUUGCCAUGAAUGAAUCCGCACCUUCAAAUUAUAGGCUUAGGGUGAGAUCUAUAUCUAAAUCCAAUUCUUAAACAUUUAUUAAAUUAAAUUUCCCUACCCUAAUUAGUGCCUGAAAUAUUACAUUUUCAUGAGUAGGCCGAAAACACUUUCCCCAGAAUUUGGCAAUUUUGCUACCUUUAAUCACUGUACGAGCGCAUGAUCAUCAGUGGCUU